GUAGAGUCAGGGAGUUACAAUUUCAUUCGCAUUUAGAUUUUGACGUUUUGAAUAAUUUAUGUGAAUAAUGGUAAUAUAAUGUGUGGAAGUCAUAUUGCGAUACGUCAAUUGACAUAAGAGCUAAAUUAUUUGGACCCCGUCAGGCUUGGUUCAUGAACAUUACAAUGGUUUCGCCCAACUUUCUCCGCAGUCUGCAGCGAAACAUGGCGUCACAGGAAAGUGCACAGCUUCAGAGUCUGGAAACUUCACUUCAGUAAAAACAUUAAGCCGUACGAGCGACAGAAGACGAAAUUGAAUAGCACAACUUGUACCCAGUCUAACAUCGGCAUGCCCCGGAAAAAGCCAUUUAGCAACAAGCAGAAGAAGAAACAGCUGCAAGUCAAACGAGAGCGAAAGCGAGGUGACACGGGCUCGGGGCCAUGUAGCCGCAAUGGUAGCAUGGAGCGAGGGGGAAAUAGGCAGUCAGACACGUCAGACAGCGAGACCACCGACAUCCGCAAGAUUAACCAGCAGCCCUCCGGCCGAGAUGGCAGACAUGAUCCCAAUAGGUUUCGUCUUCACUUUGAAAAGGAAAGCAAAGAGGAAGUGGAGAAGCGGAAGAAGAUGGCCCGGGAGAAGAUCCUGCUACCCGUUUUGGACAAACAACUGGAGAUUGGCAUCGAGGACAUCUACCCACCUGAAAGAGGCCUGGGUUUCCCACGACGGCCUCCCUGGAGCUACGAAAUGAGCCGAGCAGAUUUGCUGAGGAAAGAGGAGAAGUCGUACAAGCAGUACCUGGAUGACAUGCAUUCCAGAAAUCCGACUGGAUCCCUGAGCCAUUUUGAGCACAAUCUAGAGACGUGGAGGCAGCUGUGGCGAGUUUUAGAGAUGUCAGAUGUCGUACUACUCAUCGUGGACAUCAGGCACCCGGUGUUGCAGUUCCCCCCCGAGGUGUACCGCUACAUUACCAACGAGCUCAAGAAGAAUGUGGUGCUGGUGCUGAACAAAGUGGAUCUGUGUCCACCCCCACUGGUGAUCGCAUGGAAACACUACAUGACCUCGCAGUUCCCGCAGCUGCAUAUUGUCUGCUUCACCUCCCACCGCGGACAAGCCUACAGCACAGUGCUUCAGAAAAAGCGCAUGAGGCGAAAGGCUGACUGGAGUCAUGCUGGAGGUCCAACAGAGAUCCUGAAGGCCUGUCAAGAGAUCACAGCAGGACGAGUCGACCUGUCGAGCUGGGAGCAGAAGAUCCAGGCAAACGCUGUUGCAGAGCAACAGGAUGGCGAGGGUCUGGACGAUGAGGCUGAGUCAGUGUUGGUAGAGCAUCAGAGCGAUAGCGCUCUGGAGAUGAGUAACCCAAAGCACGAGCUCUACAAGGAUGGCAUUCUCACUCUGGGUUGUAUAGGCUUCCCAAAUGUCGGCAAGUCAUCCGUUAUCAAUAGCUUGGUUGGCAGGAAGGUGGUGAGUGUGUCACGGACCCCAGGCCACACCAAAUACUUCCAGACCUACUACCUCACCCCCACCGUCAAGCUCUGCGACUGUCCCGGCCUUGUCUUUCCCUCCUGUGUGGAUAAACAGUUACAGAUUCUGGCCGGCAUUUACCCGGUGUCACAGCUUCAGGAGCCUUACAGCUCUGUGGGUUAUCUGUGCGAGAGGACCCCCUACCUCUCAGUGUUGAAGCUCAAACAUCCUAAUUUAGAAGAAGUUAACACCCAGCAAGGAGACCAGGUUUCAGUGGAGUCCCCCUGGACUGCCUGGGAUGUUUGCGAGGCAUGGGCUGAGAGGAGAGGCUACAAGACUGCAAAAGCGGCCCGUAAUGACGUUUACCGGGCGGCUAACAGCCUCCUGAGGUUAGCUACUGAUGGGCGCCUGUGCCUUUGCCUCAGACCGCGUGGCUACAGCUGCUUGCGAGAGCACUGGGAAAGUCACACUGACAUCCCAGAGAUUCUGGCCCUCCAAGGACGCACAUCGGAGGACGACACCACAGGAAAGAGGGACGACGAAGAGGAUGGCGAAUCCAGCACCGAGCCCGAGGAAGAGAGAGACAGGGAUGCGGAUGACGAUGAUGACGGUGAAGAAGAUGAAGGCUUUAGACAGCCCAGGCAAAAGGAGCAGACGACGUCUGGGUUGGCCAUCAACAUGUUUAAUGUCCUCCGGGAGAAUGAAUAACUCUUUAACAAGAUUGUUACCUGAGGAAGCGAGUCAGCAUGCCUGCUGAUGAGUCAACACUGCUCCUGUACUUCAACAAAGCCACUUAAUGGCAUAACGCAAAGUAUUGAACAAAAAUACCUAUGAGCUUCUCAUCUCAAUAAUUUCCUUAGUACAGAUUGCAUAAUGUAUGCAGUAAAGUAGCCAAAGCUCAACGAAACAUAUUGAAAGGGGAAAAAACAAUUUCCUGAUGUUUGCACACUUGCGCCCCUAAUAUAGAACAUAUUUUUCUACUCCCGUUGUGCCUCAACUCUGCACGUUCAUGCACAAAACUUUUCUUCUUGAUGUCAGGUAGCGGGUUCGGGUUAGUUUCUUCUAUUUUGCACGUUUUCUCAGAGGAAAAGAAAAAAAAAACUUCCAUCAGUCUGUGUCAGGGAUGGGCAUCAUCAUCGAUUGUGUAUUAAAAACGCGGAGGAAAAAUGGGGUGGAGUACUUUGACAGUGUCAGCAGAGGCAUAGUUGAUACAGUGUCAACUACUUUGCAGACUAAAAUAGGGUACAUGCAUACCAACAGUCAGGACAAAUUUGAGCGUUUUUCUCUCACUUUUGAUCAAAAUUAGAAAAGGCCAAAUUGUUGUAGGUCUCCAAAGUAUCAUUCUGUGGUGUGGGGUGUGUUUAGAAAGAUUUUUUUUUUUUUUUAAUAUAUUUUGCCUGGUCGGACAAUUGGUCGAGGUUGACAAUUGUAAAUGUUAAACCUGUUCAAUAAUUCCGCUUGCAAAUUGUUAUGAGAGGAUGUGUGCUGUGUUGGUCAACUCGUGUACGAGCAGUACGAACUCAUCUGAGAAUUGUUUUAUAUUAGUGCAGACUUAUCCAACUUAUCCCGCAUCUUAAUGCUAGCAUGAUCAAGUAGGAACAAUAGAAUUUAAAAAAUCAAAAUCAAAAAUGGAAUGCAGUGAGAGCAAAACGUAUCUGAACCCUUUGGAAUUUCUUGGAAUCAUGCAGAGUUAUAACGGUUGUGUAAAAAGGAAUGGUCCAAAAUUCAUCCUUGUUCAUUGUGCAUGUCUGAUCUACGACUACAACAAAAGUUUACUUUAGGAUAUUUUAGCCAAAGGAAAGUAAUUCAGUUAAUAUAUUCAAGUGUCCACUUACUUUUCCUGCUUGUCCUCCAAAUCUCACGUGCUCGAAUGCGCCAUAAAAAUGUGAAAAAAAUACAAUUGUUUGUGCAGUAUUAGUUGAAGCAGACUGUUUAUUCUUGUGAUUUAGAUGAUCAGUCAACAUUUUAUGACCAACCUAUGCAGAAAUUUACAAAAUUAAGUUUCACAAUUUUUCCUUCCGCCGAGUGAGCUGCACCACACGUACAUCAUCUGGAGCCAUUUAGAAUCCCUUUUUUGUAACGUGACAAAAACAUCAGCAAUGUGAAUAAACUACAGACCAGAAAUGAUCCACAAAAGUAUUAAUGUGUGCAGAUUGCUACAGUCAUGUUUUGCUAGUCGAAAUUAGGUUGCUCUGAUCAACCAAUCAGGAUGGACAAAUGUUUAAUUUUUAAUCCGGUUGGUGGAAGAAAUAAUGGAAUUUGUGUGGUAACUGUAGGUCAGUGCUUCUGUCAACAGAGAAGGCCUGUUAUGAUAUGAAACAUCGAUAUGGUUCUACCCUGUUGAAAGAGGGACAGCCUAACUGCAUCUAUUGGAAAUUUGAUCGUCAUCCACACCAUUGCACGAUUGCUCUAGGCAGGCAGCAUUAUCCCACCUUAUAUGACAGUGGCAUGGAAACUAGAGUUCAAAACAUUUAGAUAUAUUUUUACUAUCUCGACUAAAUGAAAAUGGGUAAAGGAAUUGCCCAUCCCACAUGUGUGUCGUGUGAGCUCGCAGCUGAGAUGCCAAAUGCACAAAUUUAAAGCUCAGCCGGUAAAAUCUCAAUCAAGGGACACAAAAGCGUAAUUUCACACUUGGGUCAGCAGACACAAGUAUUACCAGCUCGAGCUUCAAUUCUCUGAUGAUUCAGGAGAGUAUAGUGUUUCUGAGAGUGCUGUGUUCUUUGGUGUGGCUUUGGUUUCUGGCGCUUCUCAAUGGGGAUCGAAACUUGUAGUGUUUUAACUACUUGGCUACACCAUCACGUUUUAGUGGGAGUUAUGGGUUGCUGGGCGCUCCAACAAAGCAACUGAACCUCUUGCUUUUUGAGAGAGAUGUUCUUUAAUCACAGUGUGAGGCAGAAGAAAUGUCAUCACAUUUUCCAACUCGAUCCAGAGCAAACAAAACUCCAUCUAGGAGAGUGUUAUUUUUCCACAAACGUCCACAUUCCUUUCACCGCACAGGAGGCGAACGAGAUUACGGCUUCCAUAUGUCCUGCCAUUAUAAGCAACUUGUGUGUUAUGUCAUCAAACCUGACUUUGGCAUUGCCCCGUACUUAUCUUGUCGUGUUGUUUGACCAAGACAAACUUCCUCUCCGGCUUCCGCAUUGUCUCACUCUUCUCAACAUGAUAAAAGCUGACUUUUUAA